AUGGCUCAACGUAACAACAAGAAGAAGAACAAUCGUCAUCAAUCUAUGCCCCAACCAACUACACCCUCGCCACAACUCGCUGCUCCCACUAACGGAGUCAUCAACGGCCACGAGCCGCCGGACGAGACUGAUCGUCGCCCACCCGAGACAAAGACACCCACUCCAAUUUCAUCCCCUACCCCGAUCGUUUCGCCGACUCCAAUCACCAUUCCACCUCCCAGGAUCACAGUCGAGACGAAGUGGCCCGGCGAGAACCUUCACACACCCCGGACAUCGUCUCCAUUGAGCACCGUGCACUCGGGAGUGGCAUCAGUCGCACGGGAUGGGUUCUUUGACAUCACGAGCGCCACGGAAACACAUGCCAUAGAAUAUCGUGCGGACAGAGUUACCUCAAUCCACGGCUCCGUCUACGACUAUAUCGGCGAUAUCUUGCAAGACCUGGAACGCAAGAAGUUCGUGAUCACCGCAUUGAAGGCUGGCCAUGAAUACACAGGACGACAGACACUCCGACCCAGCAAACAGAACCAUCUCCGACUCGUCCUCGGAAGCGGAGUGUUUCGCAAGGAACGUUACCUUCUCCUUGACAUCGUGGCCUCUCCGCGCAUGCUAGCAACGAGGAAGGAUCGUCUCUGGCCUGAUCCUGUCGACAUGGACGAGCUCGCCCUCAUGUUGGGACAACGUCGCGCGGAAGCCGCUCCAUCCUUUGUGAUCGCCGAUAGACGACUUCCGCUUGUUCCCGUUUGGGGCCGAGACAGCACGACCUGCAUGCGGAUGCAUUCCGAGAGUAAUUACGACAUCCUGUCUGUCUGCUUUCAACGCGAAGUCGAAAGUUUCCUACAAACGUUAGCCGACGUCCACACCUUCACUGAGAAAUCCGAGCAGCCCGACGAUGACGACCUGCCUGCUCUGCGACUCGGCGAACCCGAAUCCGUGAACGAAUUCCGCCCUCCUUCCCCCGUCAACGGCUUACGCACACCAAACGUCACCUACCAGCAGUGUGCCGAAGAACACUCACUGACGCGGGAGGAACCUCAGACGAAGUUCUACACCCCCGCAGGGAUGCCCGAAAAGUGGCCGACUCCUGCCAAGGAGAUCGUGGGGAGAGCUCUCACGCGAGCACAAGCCGCACUCUCGACGCAAGGCGCACUACGGCAGCAUGAGGUGUCUGAGAUCAAGCCCGUGGCAACACUGGCUCGUCACGAGUAUCCCACAGAUACGACGUCCCUCCGGAAUGAAUACCACGAGGAGUACCCACCGAUACUCCGUGAUGCACCUCCGCAUCUCGUGAACAUUGAAGAGGAUACCCGUGCAGCGGACCACCCGGAGGGGGAGGACCUCCAAGCGGAGGAUCACCUGGAGGUAGUGAUCACCACGGGUCACCCCCGGGUAAUUCUGAGUCGACCCGUACCCGUACCCGCGAAACCCGGACCCGUGAGCUCACGGGUCAGGCUGUUGUCGGCGCUCGCGCGCGCGGCGUACAGCUUGCCAGUCGUGACUCCUCCCUUCCUCCCCCUUCCCGCCUCUGUUCCUCUUCUCCGCGACGAAGACGACGCCGACCGCCGCCACAACCACCGCCAUCACGAUUGCGACCACGAGAUGGGCGAAGAGCAAGUUGGUGUGGCGCGCAUCGGCUGUGUGUGCCGGCAGGUCCGGGACAGGCCCGACUUCGACAUCGACGAGCUGAUCAACACGGUUUGGAGCGAGGACAACGAUGACAAUGAGAGGGACGACGCGCAACCGCGUGCGGCGAGUCUGACAGACUCGAGCCUGGACAUGGAGUGGACAUGUGAGUCCCACGCGCGAGCCUGGCACGCAUGCGUGCUCUACGAUCGCGUCUGCCCCUGGGACGGCCUCAUCAUCCUCGUCCACAUCACGGCGGCGGCGGCGCGAGCGGCGAAGCCCUCCCCACUCCUUUUCACAACGUGCCCCUCGCCCGGUAGGCUCUGGCCGGGCCACCACCUCGACCCGGACAUGCACACGUCUGUGCUUGAUGUGUACUUGCAUGUCUUGGAACUGAGGCUCAGAGGGAUCCCUCGGUUCUCGGCCGCGGACCACGCCCUCGUCUUCGACUUCCACGAGCACCACUGCGUGGGCGCGGGCGGUGGGACGUGCGAGACGUACGUGGCGAACAGGGAGGAGGAGGAGGCCAAGGCGCGGGUGCGGGCGGCGGAGAUCUUGGUGGAGAUGGCGGCAGAGGGCGACGAAGUCGAAACCGCGGACCUGGACGGCGACUACGACGACCGCCGCCACGACCACGACCACGAAAUGGGCGAAGAGCAGGUCGGAGUGGUGCGCAUCGACCGCGUGCCCCAGCAGGUUCAAGACGGGCUCGACAUGGGCAUCGAGCGGGCGUACUUCGGGAUUAGAGACAUCUUCGUCACUGGCGAGGUUGCACCCCCGCGCGAUACUGGCAAGCCUGGCGUGCUCUACGGCGGCCACAUCCGCCCUUGGGACGGCCUUGUCGUCCUCAUCCGCGUCCAGAUCCCGCCAGUGGGCGGUCCAUGUCCCGGUCCUCUCGCGAACCACAUCGAGGGCGCCACGCUCGACGGACAGCGCACGAAUCCCGCUGUCGCCGCCGCCGCCGCACCACUAACCCACGCCCCCAGCCUGUCGGCCCCCCGAUGCGGGCAGUCGACCUUGGAGACAACGGACGUGCCCUCGAGCGGGACCGUCUCGCGCGCGUCCGCCGCCACCGUGGUCCGCAAGCGGGAGCGCGAGCACCUCCAGGCGCACGCGCACGCCGCAGACCGUCUCGAGGUCAGCCACGGCGAAGACCUACGGGUCACCACGGGUCGCCGAGGGUUCACCCUGCGGGUGCACGGGUCAGCCGAGCACGACCCGGACCCUUACCCGUGGCACCCGACCCGCCAACCCGCACGGGUGGCCACCACCCGUGGUGAUCACUACCUGGAGGAGACUCCCCUAGCGGAGGCCCACCGAACAACGGACCACCAGGAGGGGGUCAUCCAUACGUCGGACCGCUCGGAGGAGGACCACCACACCGUGGACAACCUGGGGGAGGACCUCCACACGGUGGGCCGCCCGACGGAGGACCUCCGCACGGCGGGCCACCGGGGGGAGGACCUCCUCACCGCGGACCACCAGGAAGCGACGCGCGCGACACAAGGGGAAACCCACGUCCUGAUGGAGGGAAGUCAUCCCUUGGAGUACGCUUUGACAUGA